GAAUGAGUAGGCGUUAGGGGGGUUUGUGGGGAGAGAAGGUGAAGAAAGGUUGAAGGUUCUUGUGGUUCACAUCCUCAAACCCUUAUAAUGCAGGCUGUUAACUCAGCCUCACUAAACCCCUGGAUUGGGGUUUAGGAAAAAUAGGCUAGGAAACUGAGGCAGGAGCAUGGAAGUCGAAAAACAAAUCCCAGAAGCUUCUAUGUCCGGCUGUUUCCAGGGUGGGGGGAGGGAAUAGAAUGCCAGGGAUGAGAGCCCAAAUGAACACCCCCCACCCCUCUGCUGCCCAUCCCACCGAGGUCUUUGGGGCCUUGGGGCUCCUAGGGGAGAUGCCUGAGUUGGACUGGAGGAUGUUGCAGCUCAGAGGGAAAUAGGAUCACCUGAGAGAAGACAAAGCUGCAUUUGUGAUGGUCAAAAGGAGGGUUCCUAGAGGGCAGGGAGAAGAGAUGCCUACUCAGAAAAGAGGCACAUCUAGAAGGGUGGGAAGCUCAGCCCACGGAGCACACCCAUCCCCUGGGAGUUGGCACCUCUUCCUCUGUCUUCCUCCAGAUCCCUCUUAUGCUCUCACUCCUGGGAGCUAGGACUCAGGGGUCUCUGUCCUUAUGGGACCCCACCAUCCUAUAUGUUUCAGUUCUGCCUCCCUUUAGAGCGGUGAGGGAAGAGAGGUUCUUAGGGAGACAUGGAAAGCUAUUGGAGGCUGUGGCCUUCAAAGGCUCAGGGACCUGAAGUGUCCCCAUUCUAGUCCUCUGGAGUGGGAAUGGGGGCGAGGAUGGCUAAGCCAAGCCAGCUCCAUGUGAGUCCAGGAAGCAGGGGCCAUAGUGGGUAGGAGGUGGAAGCAGAGAGGAUCAGGGCCUCAGGACUCUUUCCCACGUGCCUCUUCCAGCGGGAAUCUGUCAGAUUCUGCUCCUUCCUUGACCCUCAGCUCCCUCCCAAGGCCAGAGAGAUGACAGCCGUGAUUCUUAGACUCCUUCCUACCAUCACCCUGCUUCACUCUUGGGAUAGAGAAACUCCCUCAGGCCACCCUUCUCAGGUUCACCACCCUGUGUGAUCCCAGAGUCUGCAAGGUCCCCUCCAGAUUCCCAGGCUAGAAGAGACUGUCCCUGCCCUGGCACCUGAGAACAGCUUCAGAAUUGGGCUGAACUUCAGUGCCCAGCCCACCCCCUUGCCCUCUCCCAGGUUCUCCUUCACCCCCUGCAGAGCCAUGGGCUCCCUCUAUCCUUUGCAACCCCCUAAGAAUCUUUCCUACUUGUCCAGGUGGAGUGAGUCUGAGGCCAGCAGAUGAACAGACAGAAACUGAAAGAUCCCCAAAAAGGAUGAGUGAGAGGGUUGCGCGGAACUGGAGCACAGGCGGCUGGCUGCUGGCACUGUGCCUGACCUGGCUGUGGACCCGCCUGACCUUGGCUGCCUUGCAGCCUCCCACUGCUACAGUGCUUGUGCAGCAGGGCACCUGCGAGGUGAUUGCGGCUCACCGCUGCUGCAACCGAAACCGCAUCGAGGAGCGCUCCCAGACGGUGAAAUGCUCCUGUUUUUCUGGCCAGGUGGCCGGCACCACGCGGGCAAAGCCCUCCUGCGUGGACGCCUCCAUCGUCCUGCAGAGAUGGUGGUGUCAGAUGGAGCCCUGCCUGCCGGGGGAGGAGUGUAAGGUGCUCCCGGACCUGUCGGGAUGGAGCUGCAGCAGUGGACACAAAGUCAAAACCACCAAGGUCACACGAUAGCUCUUGGGGGUCACGGCCUGGACAAGAAAGGCUUGAUUGAGCCAUGGACUGAAGAUUGGUAUCCGGUCAUCAGCCAGGAAAGAUGGGGAUUCACUUACAUGCCUCAUGCCAAAUGCAGCAUCAGUCUUUCCGGGGCAUUUCAGUUAAGCCGCUCAGCAGAUAUGGAUGGAUCUGCAACCACAUACCUGGUGUGGAGCUGGGCUUCUCUGGAGAUACGAAGGUCAACACACAAUUCCUGCCCUUAAGGAAUGUCCAGUUGAAUUGGAGAGUUGAUGACAGACAAUUUAGAUAAUUUAGGUUAAAGUACUUGAUACCAGACCGUGGCUUCUGGGCCACAUGCUAUGGCAUGAUGGGGGUUUGGGAAUGAGAUUCCCACAGUUCUUCAGAUACCCCGUGGCCACAGGGCAUAGAGACAGGAGGUCACAUUCAGCACCCACCACCUCCCUCUUUCGCAUCAGUUCUGAAUCCCCAGCAAGCUGCUAACAUGUUGCAGGAAAACAUUCUCCCCUUAUCCCAGACCAGCGGUAUCUCAUUUGGAUGGGAUUGGAUUGACUUGGGGAAGGAAAGUAAAAAUAAAGCCAAAUAACUUCCCA